AUGAAGGAACAGACAUCUCAGACAAUUCCACAACCGACUUCUCAAACAAAUAGAAAAAGGACUUCUCGUCCAGUGUCAACAGUUCAAUCACGAACAGCAGUGCUACUAGCUACUUGCAAAGUAGUUGUCAUAUCACCAGACAACACUCAACAUCAAGCUCGUGUUCUCCUAGACCCAGGCUCUGAACUGACACUAGUUUCUUCAACGCUAGUCAAUAAGUCUGGACUUCUCAGAAGGCCAGCAGCAAUUUCAGUACAGGGAGUUGGUAGCACCUCACCCGGCACAACUCAAGGCCUAGCUGUACUCAAUCUACAGUCCACACAUUCGAAUUCUCAGAUACAACUGAACGCUCAUAUAUUACCUCGAAUUACCACUCACAUUCCAUCAGUAGUGGUUACUAACCAAGACUGGUAUCACAUCAACAAAUUAGAACUAGCUGAUCCAGACUUCCUAACACCAGGUCCAGUUGACAUCUUCAUUGGUGCAGACAAUCUCAGAAGCAUACUCAGAUCAUCUCGGUUAGUCAUGAGAGGUACCUCGGAACCCAUGGCUAUGCAUACUAUUUUUGGAUGGGCAGUUCUGGGUCAAACAUCUACUGAGCCUAAAACAAAGCCUCUGCGAUCUUUUCAUUUGACGAGUAACGAGGAUCUACAAGAUACACUCACCAAAUUUUGGGUACAAGAGGAAGUCCCUACUAUAUCAGAGCCACAACUAAAUCUAGCAGAGUCAGAAUGCGAAGAACACUUCACUGCUACGCAUUAUCGAGACAAUUCUGGUCGCUACGUUGUACGACUACCUCUAAAUUCAGACGUAUCACAACUGGGUAAUUCCAAGUUAACUGCGCAACGAUGGCUUCAACGUCUUCUCAAACGACUCUCCUCAGAUGCAACUCUAAAAGAACGAUACAUCAAGUUUCUUCAAGAGUAUGAAGACCUUGGACAUAUGGUUGCUGUACCGUUGAACGCUCCAGAGCCUCCUCAUACGUAUUACCUUCCGCAUCAUGGAGUAUUACGGGAGCAGAGCACCUCAACAAAGCUCAGAGUAGUCUUCAAUGGAUCCAGCAAAACGUCAUCUCAAGUCUCACUCAAUGACAUUAUGCAUACAGGUCCCAAAACUCAGUCUGACAUUUUCGACGUCUUGCUCUACAUUAGACAACACAAAUACAUUUUCAUUACAGACAUAGUCAAGAUGUUCCGUCAAAUUAAAGUGGAGAAAGAUGAUUGGGACCUUCAGCGUAUUCUCUGGGUAGACCAAGACUUCAAUAUUCGAGCCUAUCAACUAACUACCGUCACGUAUGGUACACGGUCAGCUCCAUAUCUUGCUUGUCGAGUACUGAAGCAAUUAGUAGCUGAUGAAGGCCCUAAUUACCCACAUGCAGUCGAUCCAAUUCUCAAAGGCAGUUACGUCGAUGAUAUCUCAGGUGGCUCAGAAACUCUCGAACAACUCAAGAAUAUUGCUACGCAAUUAAAUAACAUGUGCCUCUCAGCUUGCUUACCACUUGACAAGUGGAAAAGCAAUCAUCCUCAAUUUUCACCACCAAGUACCUCAACUCAAGCAGCUCCUGCUGUUCAUACGUUCGAAGAUCUCACCUCAAAGAUACUGGGUAUCACAUGGCACCCUCAUGAAGACAUCUUCUCGUUUCAAGGGAACAUCUCAUUCAAACAAGCCAUCACCAAACGCGCCAUUCUCUCCGAGGUGGCACAACUCUUCGAUCCACUUGGACUUAUAUCUCCAGUAGUUAUUCGAGCAAAAAUUCUGAUGCAACAACUUUGGCUGGAAAAGAUUGGCUGGGACGACACACUAACGCCUGAAACAAUUCACCAAUGGGAGAAAUUCAGAGACGAUCUCAAGACACUAUCGACAAUUAAGAUACCCCGGUGGUUACACCUGCACUCUCAAGCCUAUUCAAUACAAAUUCAUGGGUUCUCAGACGCGUCUCAAUUAGCAAUGGCAGCAGCAGUAUACCUCAGAGUGACAGAUUCAGACUACUCAUCAGUCGUCACGUUAGUUUGUUCAAAAACCAAGGUAGCACCUCUUAAACGUCUCACUAUUCCAAGACUGGAAUUAUCAGCUGCUGCCCUACUUGCAAACCUCGUAAAACACACUCAGAAGACUCUCAAUCUCAAUAAUGUACCAGUAUUCUUAUGGACAGACUCCUCGGUUACCCUUGCAUGGGUGAAAAACAAUCCAAUGAGAUGGAAAGAGUUUGUGGGCAAUCGAGUAUCAGCCAUUCACGAAGCUACUCCAAAUGCCCAUUGGAGAUUCACAUCAGGAAAACUCAACCCAGCAGAUUGUGCUUCUCGGGGCUUAAGCGCUUCCCAACUUAUUGAGCACGCGUUAUGGUGGACUGGACCACCAUGGCUCUCGCAAUCUCCAGAAUUUUGGCCAUCAGCGGUUGCACCAUCUCCAGAACAUGAUUUGGAAGAAAGACCAGGCGUAUCACUCUCAGUAACGUCUCAGCCAGUAUUAUGGGAUCUCAUUGACUUGCCUCAAGUCAAAUCCUUCAAUAAAGGCCUUUCUAAGUUGCUUAGAAUCACGGCAAUUUGUCAGCGAGCCAUCUCCAGAUUUAAACGAGUACCAAAUGCUAGUUUAGCCAUCUCACCAAUUAAUCCAGCUGACUUAGAAGCCGCAAAGCUGUUCUGGAUACGGGAGACGCAACAGGCAUACUUCUCUGCUGAAAUCAAAGCUAUACAAACUGGCAAGAGACUUCACAAAAAUCAUGUUCUUUCUCGACUGACGGCAAUGGUUGACCGCACUGGUAUACUGCGAGUUGGAGGUCGUCUUCAGAAUUCUCAAUUGUCGGCGGACAGCAAACACCCAGCUAUACUGCCCCGGCACAGCAAGCUCUCAGCUCUAAUCAUCGCAGAUGCUCACUCUAAAACCCUUCAUGGUGGUACUCAGGUAACUCUAUCUUACAUCAGAAAGACUUGCUGGAUCAUCGGUGGCCGAGCUCCCAUAAAAUCAUUCAUUCAACGAUGCCUCGUGUGUGCUCGAAUACGUGGAGUUCGAGCUCAACAACUCAUGGCGCCGCUUCCAACCUCUCGAGUAACUCCAUCUCUAGUCUUUGAGCAUACUGGUGUCGAUUACGCAGGUCCUAUCGCAUUAAAAACAUUUCAAGGUCGAGGUGCAAAAACCUUCAAAGGCUGGAUCGCAGUCUUUGUGUGUUUCACAACGUCAGCGAUUCAUUUAGAAGCGGUUUCAGACUACUCAGCAGAAGGAUUUCUCAAAGCAUUUCGACGUUUCACCAGUCGUCGUGGAAUCUGUAAAACUCUUCGAAGCGACUGCGGUACAAAUUUUAAAGGUGCUCACACUAUGCUUAAAGACCUAUUUCGACAAGCAACAAAGGAAUCUCAAGAGCUUCAACGGAUUCUCACAAACGAUGGUACAAAGUGGAUUUUCAAUCCACCGGGUGCGCCUCAUAUGGGUGGAAAGUGGGAAGCAGCAGUCAAGUCGGUAAAACAUCAUCUUCAACGAACCAUUUCAGACACUCUUCUCACUUUUGAAGACUUCUCAACCUUUCUUGCACAAGUAGAAGCUGUACUUAACUCCCGACCGCUCAGUGCGCUAUCAGAUGAUCCGGACGACAUCUCAGCAUUAACUCCAGGACACUUCAUUCGCGGAGAAGCUUUGAUUACAAUACCCGAACCAUCAUUAUCCUCCGUACCAGAAUCAAGACUUUCUCAUUUCCAGCGAAUUCAAAAGAGGUUCCAGACAUUUUGGGACAGGUGGUCAACAGAAUGCCUUCAAGCUCAUCAGUCAAUCUCCAAAUGGCAAAAGACUCAAGACACCAUUCAAGUUGGCUCAUUAGUACUUCUCACUGAUGAGCGACUUCCACCAUCAAAGUGGCCUCUCGCUCGGGUCAUUCAGCUUCAUCCUGGUAGUGAUGGAUUGUGUCGAGUCGUAACAGUCAAAACAGCUACUUCAACUCUUACUCGGCCGAUAGUCAAGCUCGCUCCGUUGCCAAUCUCACCUCAUCAAGACGACUCGCAAGAAGAAGAUUCUAAUUCCUCACAAGGUUGCGGAAUUGGGGGGAGAAUGUUCGAAAUUAAGUCAUCAACGUUACGCAGACCAUGGAGAGAUUCCAUGGCUCAUUAA